AUGAGUGUAGGUCUGCUGUUCCUGGGAGGGCUGUGUGUGGCCGCCAGCGAGUUCUACAGGAGCCGACACAACGUCAUCCUCAGCGCAGGCAUCUUCUUCGUUGCCUCAGGGAGGGAGGGAGGGCUGUGUGUGGCCGCCAGCGAGUUCUACAGGAGCCGACACAACGUCAUCCUCAGCGCAGGCAUCUUCUUCGUUGCCUCAGGUCUCAGUAACAUCAUCGGCAUCAUCGUCUACAUCUCGGCUAACUCUGGCGACCCGGGUCAGAGCGACAGCAAGAAGAGUUACUCGUACGGCUGGUCCUUCUACUUCGGGGCGUUGUCCUUCAUCAUGGCCGAGAUGGUGGGCGUUCUGGCCGUCCACAUGUUUAUAGAGAAACACCGCAAGCAGAGGGCCAAGUCUCGCACCGAACUCAUCAAGAAAUCAGCGUUCGGCCGCAUCCCGUCUUACCGCUACCGCUUCCGCCGUCGCUCCAGCAUCAGAUCCUCCGAGGCGCCCAGCCGGGAUGCUUCUCCCAUCGGGAAGGGGGGUUACAGCGGCCCGGGAACAGCCUCCGACCUCCCCAUGUACACGCUCACCCCCCGCGAAGCCGGAUCUAAGGCCGUCCUGGGGGGAGUGCUCAAUUCGGAGAGGGAGUUUCUACAGGGCGGUACUCUGGCCAAUACCAAGGACUACGGCAAAGACGCGGCCAAUAGGAGAACCACGCCCGUCUGAGGGAGGCGGGGCCUAGGAGAUGAUUGGGAUGGGAGAUGGAUGAUGAUAAUGAUGAUGAGAGACAGUGAGGGAGGAAGAGGCAUUAUGAACUUUGACCUCUCUGCAACCUACAGGGAUAAUUGGCAAAGGGGGUUGAAAUUAGACGUUGGUUCCUAACCACAGAUCUAGGAUCAGAUCCCCUUUUACAACCCCUUAACCUCAUCCCCUAGUGGGGGGGGGCACUACCCCUUAACCUCAUCCCCUAGUGGGGGGGGGCACUACCCCUUAACCUCAUCCCCUAGUGGGGGGGGGCACUACCCCUUAACCUCAUCCCCUAGUGCAGGGGGGUGGGC